AUAACAACAGUUGGUAUCGCGCGGUAUUGAAUGUGAAAUGUUGAAUACAGUUUUUUUCAAUGUUUUUGGAAAGUAGAAUUCUCAAAUGGUCUACAGAAGAACCACCGACAAAUAGCUACGAAAGGAAUAACUAUUACGAUCGCAGCAGUCGCCUGAGCAACAAUUACCAGCCAACGGCCGCCAACAGUAGUCUGUCUUCUGCCAGCAGCAGCAGCAGCGUUACACCCACAGGAGCCGCAGGAGGGGGAACGGGAACGGGAACAGGAACCACUGAUAGAUCGAGGAAUAGAGAUCGCCUGUACAGGAAUGGUUCCGCAGCCUCUACGACAGCAGCUAGUACAACGCAAUCGACAACAACGGCAGCAGCAACAGCAACGGCAGGAGCCGCGCCGGCGCCGCCACAAGCGUUAGGUGAUCGUAGCAACAACAACAAUAUACAACAUCAUCAGCAGAACACUCCUCGGGUGGUGGCACCGCAGUCAUGGUACGAAGCCGCCGCUGCUGCAUCGGCCCAAUUAAAAAGUCCUGGUGGCAGUGGCAGUGGAAAUGCCGGCGCCUCAGCAGCUACUACCACAGCAGCAGCAGCAGCAGCAGCGGCGACAGCCACAGCCACAGCUCAAGGUACAGCCGGCGGCUUUAUAAUGAGCAGCUCACCGAUCAAUCAUCAGCAUCAGCAGCAGCAGCAGCCACAUCCUCCUCCGCAUCAUUUACAUUACAGCAGCGCCAGUGGAGCGCCAUCCGUGGGAUGUGCCCCAAGCGCAGCCGCCACCUCCGUCUCGUACUCAUCACCCGCCCAAACGGCGACCACCGCCGUGCAUCGCAGUGUCGCCUAUGCGGGGAGUGCUGCGGAUGAUCGCGAUGCCAUGCGCAAGAGUCACCAACACCACCUCCACCACAACAACAACAGCAGCAGCAGCGGCAGCGGCAGUAAACUCAAUAAGCUGCUCAAAGGAGGGGCGACAGGACGCUGUGGCUCGGAAUCGCCAGGAGUAGGAGGAGUGGGAGCUGCAACGACGAUGACGAUGACGACGACAAGUACAAUCACAAACAAUAGUUUUAGUAAUAAUAGUUUAAAUAAUACAAUAACCACGGCAACUCCGACGAUGCCAACGAUUGCAUCUGAAACAUCUGUAUCUGCAUGUGCAUCUGCAUCCCCUGGAGGUGCCGCAGGAGCAGGAGCAGUGGCAGAGGGUAGUGCGGGCAGCGGAGGAGCAACCAGCGGCAGUGGCGGUGACAUUCUAAAUGUGGCCGCUGCCCUGGCAGCUGCCGUCGACAAUGGCACGUCCUCCUCUGCCUCUGCCUCUGCCUCAGCCUCUGCAUCCACAUCCGCAUCCGCCUGCUCCCUAGCAUCCGCGUCGAGGCCACACCAGCGACACCACCAUCAUAAUCAUCAUCAUAAUCUGCAUGGACGCAGCACCACCUCGUCAAGUCGGUCGCAUUCGCGUUCGCCGAGCAGCUACAGCAGCUCCCACAGCUCCUCGUCUGCGUCAUCGCAAACAUCGUCACAUUCGCACGCGUCCAGUCCGGUCCAAUCGGGCAUCCAAUGUGCAGAUGGUCGUAGCAUCUCCCGCAGUCUCCAGUCGGUGGCUGUCAACAGCACUUCUUCAAAUCCCAGUGGCAAUGCUGGCGCCGUAGCCAUACCCAGUGGCGGCUGUGGUUCCAGCUCCAGCAGCAGCAGCAGCUCUAGCAGCAGCAGCAGUGGCAGUGGCGGCGGCCACUCCUCCUCCUCGUGUCUCGCUGUGAAUCCUGUGGUGCAUUCCGAAGAUAAUCGCCCACUGGCGAUACGCGUACGCAACCUGCCCGCCCGUUCCUCGGACACAUCCCUCAAGGAUGGUCUCUUUCAUGAGUACAAAAAGCACGGCAAGGUCACGUGGGUGAAGGUCGUGGGCCAGAACUCCGAGCGCUAUGCCCUCGUCUGCUUCAAGAAGCCGGACGACGUGGAGAAGGCGUUGGAGGUCUCGCACGACAAGCACUUUUUCGGCUGUAAAAUCGAGGUGGAACCCUACCAGGGCUACGACGUGGAGGACAACGAGUUCCGCCCCUACGAGGCGGAGCUGGACGAGUACCACCCGAAGUCGACGAGGACUCUGUUCAUCGGCAACCUGGAGAAGGAGAUCACGGCGAGCGAGCUGCGUGUGCAUUUCGAGAGCUUCGGGGAGAUCAUCGAGAUCGACAUCAAGAAGCAGGGCCUCAACGCCUACGCCUUCUGUCAGUAUUCGGACAUUGUCUCAGUCGUGAAGGCCAUGCGCAAAAUGGAUGGCGAGCAUCUGGGCAGCAACCGGAUCAAGCUCGGCUUCGGCAAGUCCAUGCCCACCAACUGCGUGUGGAUCGACGGGGUGGGCGAGAAGGUGUCUGAGUCCUUUCUCCAGUCGCAGUUCACGCGCUUCGGCGCUGUCACGAAGGUGAGCAUUGAUCGCCAGCGGCAGCUGGCUUUGGUGCUCUACGAUCAGGUGCAGAACGCCCAGGCAGCGGUCAAGGACAUGCGGGGCACCAUCAUGCGUGGCAGGAAGCUGCAGGUGGACUUUGCCUCCAGGGAGUGCCAGGAUGCGUUCUACGACAAGCAGGAGAAACUGCAGCAGCAGCAACAGCAACAGAAUGCCGGUUCCUCGUCGCGUUUCAAUCGCUAUGAAUCCUCCACCCAGCAGUCCAGAGGACGUGCCUCCUCGUUUAGCCGCCUUCAGACAAACUCAAACGAUAUCUGCAACGAUACUGGCAGCAACACGCCCACGAGCGGCGGAGGCACCCCCUCGGCCAGCUCUGCAAUGCCUGCGCCCAGCAUCGCCUCUGCUAUUGCUCCGGCAACAGCAACGGGAGGCGCUUCGGGGCCGGGAGCUGCCGCCUCGACUGCCACGCUGCCAUCCGUGGUGGGGAGCAGCAACAGCAUAGGCAGCGGCUUGUCGCUGCCCCCCAUGUCGCCGGCUGCCAUGGCGCAGGUGCGGAUGCGAAUGGUGAGGAGUGCGAGGCACACCAUCGACUUUGAUUUCAACGAUGUGGCGGCACUGCGAAGAUUUCGCGGGGCUGCCAUCGGCAACAUGGAGGAGCCUCACGAUGCAGACAUCACAGCCACAACCAAAGUCGGCAGUCGAUGCGAUUCGCCAGUGAUUGCACGUCUGGGACCCGGGCCGCUCGGGAGUGGAGAAACCCCCAUGGAGGCGACGCUGAUGAACAGCACCAGCAGCAGCAGCAUAAGCGUGGGAGGAGCCGGUCGCAGACGUUGCGAACAACUCCUGCUCGAUGAAUGCCCGUCCAGUGGCGAUGAGGGGGGAAGCGUGGUCAGUCCCAGGAAGCGCAUCAAAAUGGAUUACCAUCACCAUCAUCAUUCCAAUGCCUCAGGGCUGGUGGAUCCCUAUCCCUCCUCGGGGGACAAGCAGCAGCCGCAACAGCCACCUUUGACCCCCCUAUCCAACUGUGAUGUGAUACACGAUCCCCUCAAUCGCAAGAGCGAGAUCCGACGAGUGUCCGAGGCGUCCCCUCUCUCCAGCAGCAACAGCAACAGCAUGAAGUUCCCUGGACAUCAGCCAUCGCCGUCGCCCUCUCUGAUGCUCAGCUGCCGCCGACCGUCCAUCGAUGCUGGCGCCUUCGCGGCGCUCUCCAGCUCCUCGGCGUUUCGCCACGGACUGACGGGGGCCAGCGGCAUGGAGCAGCAGCAGCAGCAGCAGCACAUGAUGAAUGCCUCGCUGGCCGCCAAGCGGCGGCGUGUCGCGCCCAUGCAGCAGCCACCCACAAUGGGGAACAACAGCAGCUCCGGCGGUGGCCUGCUGCUGGGUGGAGGAGUCACCGGGGUGACGCCACCCAACGAUGAGGCGUACCACCACCAUGUAUCGCGAGGACGCGGCCAUCAGCUACAUUCCCAUCACUCGCACGAGGCCAGCGGCGGGGAGAGUGCGGACGGAUCGCGGCCGGGCACGCCCCUGUGCGAUGAGCGGCCCGAAGUGCUGCCCUCAGAGCCACGACGCCUGCCCCCGCCGAGAGAACGAACGAGGGAAAGGGUCAGGGAGGUGAUGUGGCUGCCGAUGCCCAAGUUUGGCUACUCGUUCAUCCAGCAGCAUCGCAGUGGUGGAGGCACUGGCGGAGGCAGCACCGGCUGCUCGUCGAGCAGUGUAUCCAGCUACCUGCUGGGCUGUUCCUCGACAGCCGGUGGCCCCGCCAACAGCAACAGCAACUCUAGUCUAAGUGCAGGACUCGGCAGUGGAUCAUCGGCCUUCCUGCCGAGCCCCUCCUCACGCUAUUGGCGAUCCUCCUCGCACCAGCAUCAACACCAGCAUCAGCAUCAUUCGCACCACUCGCAGCAGCAACAGCAGCCGCAACAGCAGCAGCAGCAGCAGUCGUCCUCUGGCGCCUCCUUGGGCCUGAUGGCCAGCCCGGCGCGGCCUCGCUCGCUGAGCUCCAACUCGAGCGACUCGGAUGUGCCUGGACAUGCCGGAGGAAGCCCCUCGCUGGAUGAACGCCUCCGCAACUUUGAGGAGAACUACGAGCGAUGGUCCGGCGGCAGCAACACUCAGCAGCAGCAGCAGCAGACGAGCAGCAACACCAAUUCCAGCCACAGCCACAGCCACAGCCAUGUCCCGCAGUCGAGCAGCAGCAGCGGCAGCACAACGAUGCCCUCGUGGCAGCUCUCGAUGCACACGAAUCUGAGCGGCUUGAGCACGCAUCCGGCAAACUCCGGCAACGGCAACAGCAACAGCUCCAGCGGCACGGCCUCCAGCUGCCAUUCGGCGAGCAAUUCGCGCCACAAGUUCCUGGACAUCGACGAGCUGCAGCCCUCGGAUAUCGUCAAGUCGGUGCUCGCCAAGAAGUCCAUCUUCGACGACGAUCUGCAGCGACUGAAGAAGAACCAGUGGUACGAUCCGAGCAGUGCGGACUUUGCCAUCGGCUCCACCGCGAUGGGAUCCACAUCGACAGCCUCGCGGCAUGGCCUGUGCAGUGGAAACACCUCCCCAGCGCUGCUGCCCAACCUGGCGGCCACCAAGACGACGCCCAUCAUUGGCAACUGCAUGCCCGUUCUGUCCAACAGCUCGACGAGCAGCAAGACGACGACGAGCGGACUUCUGCAGCGGCUGAGCAGCCUCUCGCCCAUGAACUCGCCCCAGGCCUCGAUGUCUCCCUACAACAGUCCCUCGCCCUCGCCGUCGGUGGGAGCGGCUACGCCGAGCGGGCAACUGUCCGCCGUGAAGCCCAUGGCGGGAUGCAGCAACAGCAGUAGCAGCAGCACCAGCAGCAGUGCAGCGGGCGGAGGAGUGGUUCCCACGGCUACCGCUACGGUAGUCGCCGCUGCCUCGUCAUCGGCAUCGGCAUCCCCAGCUGCCACAUCGGGAGCCACCAAAGGACUGCAGUAUCCGUUUCCCAGUCACCCGCCUCUGCCAAACACUGCGGCGCCACCGCCUGCCGUGCAGCCAGCACCACCGCCACCACCAGAGACGGUGACUCAGAAGCAGCAGCAGCAGCCGGCAGCCAAGACGCCCGGACCGCCACCAACGGCACCCAACAGUCUGACGAAGAGUCUGAGUGUGCCCGCCGAGGCACUGCCGCCUUCACAGUCGCCCAGUGCCAGAGCACAGCUGCAAAAGUCUGCCUCUGUGCCGGGCAGCACGAAUGUGGGGACUACUACUACCUCCAGCAGCAGCAGCAGCAGCAGCAAUGCCCCCUCGAGCUCCUCCAAUUCCACAUCAUCGUCCAACGGUAACAGUUCCUCAGCAACAGCCACCACAACACAUGUACAAAAGUCCCAACAGCAACAGCAACAAAACUCCAGCGAAGAGGAGCACAAGAGCAAGACAAGCACCUCCCACUCCUCCUCCUCCUCCCACUCACACUCGCACUCCCACAAGAAGAGCAGCAGUAGUGCCCACAGCGGGACAGGCACGAACCGGUCCAACAGCCUGGACAAGUCGCACAGUUCGAACCGAGCCAACAGCACGGACAAGUCCCACUCUGUGGACAAAUCCCACUCGGUGGACAAGCACAGCAGUGUGAACCGUUCCAACAGCAAGGAGCAAGCCACGGACAAGUCUAAUUCCACAAACAGAUCCAACAGCUCGGACAAAUCCCACGCGACGGCGACGACGACGACAACGAAUCGUUCGAACAGCACGGACAGGUCCCACAGCAGCAGCAGCAGCCGGCACAACAGCCGCUCGGAUGGCGGCGACAAGAAGGCGAAAAAGUCCGACAAGAGUUCCGUUUCAUCUUCGACGGGCUCCUCCGACAAGCGCAAGAAUUCCGCCACAUCCCAGUCCUCCAAGUCGGCGACUCCACGCAUCGAAGACUCCACGGACACGGACGAUCCUGGGGAGCGAUCCGAAAAGGAGCAGCGCCAGGAGCGGGAGAAGGCGCACCAGAAGGAGCGCCAUGAGAGGGAAAAGCGCAAGCAGCAGGAGCGAGAGGAGAAGGAAAAGGAGCGCAAGGCCCACCACCACCAGCCGGAGGACAAAGAGAAGGAAAAGGCUCAUCCAGAACGGAAGACGCAGACCCACCACCAAGAGGAAAAGGAAAAAGAGCGCAAAUCUCACCAGGAAGAAAAGGAGAAGGAGCGCAAGGCCCAGCAGCAGGAGGAGAAGGAGCGUGAGGAGCGCAAGGCCAAAGAGGAGAAGGAGCGCAAGGCUCAAGAAGAACGUGAGCAAAAGGAGCGUGACGAAAAGGAGCAGCAGCGAGUGCAAGAGCAGCGAGAUCAGGAGAAACGAGAGCGAGAGCAGCGUGAGAAGGAGCAUCGCGAGAAGGAGCAUCGUGAGCGGGAUCACCGGGAGAAGGAAAAAGAACAAUCCUCCCGACGAUCCAUCUCGGACUCGGAUCAAGAGUCCCGCAUGUCCAGGAUGCGCGAGAUGUCCUCGUACCACAAAAGCAAAUCCGAUGCCAGCUCCGAGGCCAGCAGCUUCUACGCGCACAAUGUCACGCCCAGCGCUGCCGAAUGCGAGCGGCAGCACAACAAAGAGAAUGCCGCCGAUGCCGCUACAGUGCCGCCCUCCUCGUGUCCCACGCCCACAGCGCACGAUGGCAGCAAUGCCAAUGCCGCCGCAGCCAAGAAUCGCUCGAGGAAGUCCUCCAGGAACUCGCCGGGUCCCCGCAUCCACAAGCGUCGCCUCAGCUCGCAGGAUAGCAACCACAGCGGCGGAGGCGGCGGCGCAGGUGUCGGUGGUCUGCACAACCAUCACGAUGACUAUGUGAAGCGGAUACGCAUGGAGAACCAUCAGAAUCCCCCCACACCCAGCCAGAACCAGCGGCUCAACGAUCAGCGUCACGACGGAGCCAAGGAGCAGCAGCAUAAGAGCAGCAACAGCAUCGCCAGCUCCAAGGACUGUGACCCCAACGCCAAGACAAACUCCAGUUCCUCGCACUCCAAGUCGCACGGCAGUGGCGGCAGCUCUUCCUCCUCCUCGAAGCAUCAUCGCAGGGAGAAGCAUCACUGCAAGAGCAUAGCGAGUGCCAGUGCCCCCUCUUCGAUGGAUGUCGUCACGCCAUCGAUGGAUGUGCUAGAGACCCCAAAGGCAGCCCUCAAGCAGCAACAGCAGCAGCAGCAGCUCGUCAACACCAGCGAGGAGGAGCAGCAGCCGCAGCCUAAGCGGGAGAAGGAGAGGGAUCGAGAGAAGGACAGGGAAGGACACCACCACCACAGCAGCAGCUCCUCCUCGCGCCACAAGAGCAAGCGAGAGCGGGAGCACCAUCGAGAGCAUCAUCGCGAGAAGAAGCGCCAUUCGGUGGCCGAGUCCACCAACACCGAUGAGGAGCAGCAGCAGCAUCAGCUCAUGCAUGCGCACUCGCAUCUCCAGCUGCAGCAGCAGGAGCUGCAGGAUCAGGAGCAGGAUCAAGAGCACCAUCACAAUCCCCACAGACGGACCUCUGCCGCUGGCAGUGGCUCGGCGGGAGAACUGAGCUCCGCUCCGACCAACACCUCCAGUGGCAAGGGGCAUCGGGAUCGAGAUCGCGACCGGGAGGGGCAUCAUCAUCACCAUGGCCACCACCAUCGGAGGAGGAGUGUGGACAGAAAGUCCUCGCGGGGCUCCGACGAGGGGCACCACUCCUCGAAAUCGUCGCAGCGCAGCAAGCUGAUGAUGCUCAGCUCCGCGGACUCGGACGACACGGACGAUGCCUCCAAGAAGCACUCGAUCUUCGACAUACCGGACGACUGUCCCAACGUCUCGAUGUACGACAAGGUCAAGGCCAGGAGCUGCAAGAACAUGCAGCGGCAGGCCGAGGAGAAGAAGAUCAAGGCCAAGUUCUCGCAGCUGAAGCAGUCGCGGGCCAAGAAGAAGCGCUCCACCAGCUACGACGGCGACUCGGACACGGAGUUCGAGGACCGCCAUCACCGGAACAGCGGCAGCAGCAGCUUCCACGGCCGACACAUCGGUCUCUCCAGCAGCGACGACGACAACGAGGACGACGAGGAUGACAUGAUGCAGAGCCACAGCCAUAGCCGCAUAUUCUCCGACUCGGAUGCGCGAUCCGAGGGAUGCGAGGAUCACGAGGCGGUGGCCAGUCGCGCCCUCCAGAUGCAGCAGAAUCUCCGCCGUCUGUGCGACGGGGACGACAGUUCCGAGGACGAGAUACGCAGGAACUUCACGAAGCACAACCAGCACGGAAAGCGCAACUCGCACACGACGCGCAUUGCCUCCGAUUCGGAGUCGCAGUCGCAGCCCGGAGCCCCGGAGAUGGAGGUGCAGAUCAAGCUGGAGCCGCAGCCACAGCCAGAGAUGGAGAUGGAGCUGGAGCUAGAGCCAGAGAUCAAGCAGGAACAGCUGUCGGACGGCGGGGGAGAGCAGAAGAAGACAGAGACCGAGUACAAGUCGCGCCACGACUCGCACUCCUCGAUGGAGGAUCGCAAGCUGAAGACGGAGAUCAAGAAGGAGUAUGGGGACUUCUACAACUCUGCCGCCGGUGGGUGCUACUCCAAUGCCUACUCCGACUCGGGGACGGGCAAGACUAUCAAGGACUAUUCCCCGGAGACGCGCAAGAAGCACAAGAAGAGCAAGAAGCGCCUGAAGUCCUCCUCCUCCCGAGAGGUGGAGGCAGCCCAGCAGCAGCAGCAGCAGGCACCGCCAUCUCUCGUUGUCUCCAUAGCCACGCCCUCGAUCUUCGAUGUGCACUCGUCCGAUUUGAAGGGGAACAAGUUUGUGGAUAGCCUGGAUGAUCUGAAGAUGGAACGGGAGCGAGAACAGGAGCGAGAGCGGGAACGGGAGCGAGACCAAGAGAGUGUCCUGCCCAUAUCGCUGGAGAUUUCGGCGAGCGAGAGGCGGAAGCACAAGGAGCGCAAGGAGAAGAAACGCGAGAAGAUGAGGAACCUCACGGCGGAGACAAACCCCAUCGCUGGGUCUGCCACCACAGCAGCAGCACCACCACACAUGAGCAGCGGCAGCAGCAGCACACCAGCUGCACCGCCAGCAGCAACAGCAGCAGCAGCGACUGUGCCGGUUCCGUCUGCCGGCAGCAACGAUCUCGGGGAGAAGCUGGAGAAGCUAUCGAAGGAAGAGAGGCAUCGUUUGAAAAAGUCGAAGAAAUCCAAGAGUUUGGACAACUCCUCCUCUUCCGCGAGGCUGUACAAUGCCGCCUCUGGCAACAGCAGCCUUGUGGCAGCAGCAGCAGCAGCAUCCACAGCGCCUGUGUCGGUGCCUGGGCCCGUACCCGUUCCUGCCACACCCACCUCCGCGCCAGCUCUCUCGCGAGACAAGACGCGGGGCGAGGACAAGAUGGAGUUCAUCUUUGGCAUCAUCUCGGACGAGGACGAGUCGCAGUUCGCCGACGAGCAGGCAGAAGGCGGAACCAAAGAGAUCUCCUCGAGAGAACCGAUUGUGUCCGCUGCUCUGCAGACCUACAAGCAGGAGCCACCAUCCACACCCACACCCGCACACACCUCCACCAAGAUCCAGGAGAACCAGUUGCCCAUCAGCCCAAAGGAGGACCAGUCACCAGUGGAGAGGCCCCCUCGGCAGACGGGCGGCAGCUCGUCGUCCUCCUCCCAUGCGGACAGAGAGCGGCAUCGCAAGGAGAAGCGCGAGAAGAAGCGACGCGAAAAGUCCCAGCGAGAGCAGCAGCAACAGCAGCAGCAGGCGGCGAUCCAGCAGCAGUCCUCCUCCUCGAGUGCCACGAAGAUCGAGGACGACAACAGCGUGGACAUGGAUGAGGCGGGACGGGCCUUGGAGGCCCAGCUGAUGGACGACUUUGACAGCAAGACGAUGCCCGAGGAGGCCACCCCCUCGACGGCCAACACCUACAGAUCGGACAUGACCGAUGUGUUCCGCUUCUCGGACAACGAGGACAACAACUCGGUGGAGCUGAAGUUGAAGCCCUCAUCGAUGGGAGUCCCGACCCAGCCGAAGCAGCCGCCGGCAGGCGAGGAGCAGCACAAGAGCAAGGACAAGAAGAAGAAGAAGAAGCGCUCCAAGGAGGAGAAGCAGGAGAAGAUGCUUCGCAGGGAAUCGAUUCCCACUCCGGGCCCGGGGCCGGGUCCUCCCUCGACGCCUGGCAAGCUGACGGUGAAUGUCCAGGCAGCCGCCAAGCAUGCGGGUGAGCAGAUGGACGCCACCAAGCAUCGUUCUGCAUCUGCAUCGCCUCCGCUGUGCAAGCCCUCGCCGAGCCUGCCCUGCCUCAUCGGAGACGAUGACGAUGUGGAUGUACCGCAGCCACAACCACAUCCCCCCAAGCCUAAGGUGCCGCCGAGCACUCCCACAAGCACCGGCGCCAAUGCCAGUGCCAGCGCCAGGGGCAGCGGCUGCGACAGCCUCACUCCCUCGCGAGAGAAGCCACGCCUGAUCAGCCCCAUUCCCAAGACCCCGACCAUCACGAACUCCACGAGCUCCAUGCUGUCCACGCAGUCCGCGGAGACGCCAGUGAGCAGUGGAGCCGGAGCCGGAGCAGGAGCUGGAGCUGGUGCGGCGGGUGUUAACUCCUCGGCGCUGGCCACGACGCCCACAUCCUCGACAACAGCCGCCGCUGCGGCCGCUGCAGCAGCCUCUGCUUCCGCAGAGAGCUCUCCCACGAGUGCGGCGCUCGGCAAGAAGAAGGACAUCUUCAUUCCCGGCUUCGAUGGCCAGCUGGACGAUAGGAUCAGCGAGUCGGCCGUGCAGUCCAUCUCCGCGGAGUUCAACAGCGCCUCCCUGCUGGAUCCUUUGGCAGGUGAGCCCAAGAUUCCGGUGGCCUCGCCACCGGGGGCCACUAAGCCACUGGACAAAAUUGAGGACAGCAAAUCCCGGGUGACCAUCUCCCAGGAGGAGACGGAGAGCGCCGUGUCAGCGCUGCUGGGCGAGAGCUUCGGCACCUCCUCGACGGCCGACUACUCGCUGGAUGGCAUGGACGAGAGCGAAAUGGAGCCGUCGGCGUCGGCUCUCGUUGUGGCCGAGCCCGAUGAAGAGGCCGCCCUGGCGGCCAAGGCAAUCGAGGGAGCCGUGGAACCACCAGCCAUUCUGGAAGACGAGCCUGAAGCAGAGCCAGAGCCAGAGACAGAAGCAGAGCCGCCAGUGGUCGUGGGAGCAGGAGGAGUCCUAGAUCCCGACGAGAUCAACAAGGCUGUGCAGAGUCUGAGGCACGAGGACAUGAUGGACAUCAAGGCGGACACUCCCCAGUCGGAGAGGGAUCUCCAGAUCGACACGGACACCGAGGAGAAUGAGAAUGCCGACGAGGCAGACAGCAGCGGACCGAGUCUCAAGAUUGAUGAGACCGUCCAGAGUUCAGAGACCUCCUCAUCGCCAGAGAAGUCUAUGUCGAGCAGCAGGGAAGCGGCAGCAUCCAAGGCAUCCCCAGUGGCGGAUCCACCUUCCAAGAAGAGUCCACCUUCGGUGAUCACGAAGCUGCCAUCUCUGGAGCAGCAGCAGAAGCAGAAGCCCCCAACAUCCGUGAUGAUCAGCGGCAGCUCGUUGACAUCAUCUUCCCCCGUGAAGAUUGAGCCGCCGACGAUCAGCAAACUGCAGCAACCAUUAGUGCAGCCGGUGCAGACGGUGCUACCCGCACCGUCGGCAAUGCCUCCUGCUCCUACAAAAGCAACGCCUGCGCCCGCACCUGCACCUGCGCCACACAAGACUCCCAUGCCCAUGCCCACACCCACACCCACGCCCACGCCCGUCAUCAAUCUGGAUCUGUCGAAUGUGAUGGCCAAUUGCUCGAACAGCAGCAGCUCCGGGUCUCCCUCGAUAUCCUUCGGGAGUCCCACGCCCAGCCAGAGCAUCCCCUGCAUGCCGCAGGCCUCGACGCCCAAGCAGACGCCAACGCAACAGCUGGCACUGCGCACGCAGUCGCUCAUCAUGCAGCCCCCGACCAUCUCCAUUCCAGAACAGACGGCGCACUUCAUGGUGCCCCACAUGGUGCUCUCCCCACAUCAUCCGCAGCAGCAGCAGCAGCAGCCGACGACGCCAGGUCCCAGUUACAUGAUGGGCAUUCGGGCACAGUCGCCACACAGUCCGCUGCUGUCGCCGGGACGAGGCGGGCCCCCCAUCAAUCGAGUGGUGGGCCAACUGAGUCCUGCGGGUCGUCCCGUGCCGCAGCAACAGCAACAGCAUGCAGUGAUGACAUCCCCGCAAGGCGGCAACAUGAGUCCAAUGGCCAGUCCCACGCCGCGAGCAGUGGCCACCAAUACCACAUCUCCCACCACGAGCAAGCCAAACAGCUACCAGCCGCGAGCACAACAGCAGCCACACCAGCAACAGCAGCCACACCAGCAGCAGCAGCCAUCGCCCAAGUCUCUGAUGGAUCUACACUCGCCGCAGUCGUCACAGACGUCACAACUGAUUCCCAUGCCGAUGCAGAAGAUGCCGCCGAUGCAGGUGCCACACCACCCGACGAUCAUCAGCAAGGUGGUGACAGUGCAGCCGCAGCAGGCCACCCAAUCGCAGGUGGCAAGCUCCCCGCCUUUGGGCAGCCUGCCGCCUCUUGGGCACAAGAGCCUCCACGUGAAUGCACAGCCACAGCCGCCACAUCAUCAGGCGCAACAGCAGCAGCAACAGCAGCAACAACAACAACAACAGUUGUCGCCGCAAAUGAUGUCCAAGAUGACGGCAGCACAUCAGCAGCAUCAACAUCAGCAGCAAGUGCACCAGUUUAUGCACCAGCAAAUGUUGCAACGACAGCAGCAUCAGCAACAGCAGCAGCAACAACAACAGCAGCAGCAUUUGCAACAGCAGCAGCAACAUGGACAUCCGCAUGGACAACAGCAGUCGCAACAGCAUCAGCAGCAGUCGCAGCUCCAUGGACAGCAGCAACACCAACUGCAGUUGACUCCCGCACAGCAACAUCAGUUGCAGCAACAGCAUCCGCAUCAGGCGCCACAGCAGCAGUUGACUCCCGCGCAGCAUCAGCACUUCCAACAUCAGCAGCAGCAUCAGAUGAACCAACAGCAGCAGCAGCAGUUGAACCAUCAGCAACAGCAUGCACAGCAGCAACAACAUCAACAGCAACAGCAGUUGAACCAACAGCAGGCACUGCAGGCGCAACAGUUGCACAUCCAGAAACUGCAGCAACAGGUACAACAACAUCCUCCCCAGCAGCAGCAGCAGCUGGGUCCGCCGCCACCGAUGUUUUCACAGCAUCCGCCACGUGGUAUGGCCAACCAGCAGCAACAGCAACAGUUGCCACACAGUCCGCCGUGCAAGCCUGCAAAUCCAAUGGUGCACAGUCCAUCAUUGCUGGUGAGAGUGCCACAACCGCAGCAGCAACUGAAUGUGAUCCAAAGUCCAACUGCCAAGCAGCCACUGAUUGUCCAGCAGCAUAUUGUGCCACCGCCAGCAGCACAAGCACCGACGACAGCCGCCAACGCGAAGAUCCACUAUCCAACGCAACAAAAUGUGAAUCCCAGUCCCAAUCUCAUCAAGGAGACCCCGGUGGAGGCAUCGGGAUCAGCAUCAUUGGCCAACAAGACGUCGGAGAGUGUUUCGGUGAUACGGACACCCACACCCACGACCAGCGGCAGCGGCAGUCCGGCGAUAAUCUCUCCAAAGGCAGCCAGUGCCACAGCCGGUGGCACAUCCCUGCUGACGGAGGAGAAUCUCAUCAAGAUCUCGUCGCAGCCCAAGCAGGAUGAGCUGAUCGAGCAGGACUCCAAGGAGGUGGACAGCGACUACUGGUCCGCCAAGGAGGUGAAUAUCGAUAGUGUGAUCAAGAAACUGGAUCCACGGGAGCCGCCGCCACCUCCGGCAGUCAUCAAGGAGAUGCCCCCGACAGUGGCAGUCGCGGUGGCUGCCCCAGUGGAGGUGCCACCCACCCCUACCAUACCCACGGUGACACCAGUGUCGACACCGCCUCCUGCUGCUACAUCUGCUCCUGCUCUUGCUCCUGCUCCUGCGCCUGCCCCUGCCCCUAUUCUAACGGUGAACGAUCACGACACGGAGGACGAGACGGAGACCCUUCAGAUGGCCCCGAAGCCCAGCACUCCGACUGUGGGCAGACCGCCGGGUCGUGGAGGCGCUAGCAAGCGUGGCAGACAGCCACGUGGCGCCAAGAAGCAGGGCGGACUUCCACUGACCACGCCAGGCGUUGCGCCAGGAGCUGAUGCUGGAUUGGGCAUCGCUCCCGGCGACAAUGGAGUGCAGACGCGUCUAAGGAAGCCGGUGACGGCGCCUGUGACUCGCGGCAGGAAGGGCCGUCCGCCCAGGAACCUCCUCCUGCAACAGCAGCAGCUCCAACAGCAGCAGCUGGCGCAACAGCAGCAGAAGGCCAUGGAAAUGGCGACACCCACAUCCACACCCACGCCCAUAGCAGCAGCUGUGGCAGCGGUAACGCCCAGCACUCCAGUACCGACGGCCGCGGAGAAGAAGGCCAGGAAUCAGGCGCUGACUCAGGCGCAAGCCUCCAACCAGGACGUUUAUGAGUUCAACGAUGACUCCGGCGAGGCUGAGCCCAAGGUCAAGAUUGCGACUGUGGUGCAGCCAGUGGAGGAUCAGCGGCCGCGUCUCAUUCUGACAAUCAACAAGUCGCAGCCGUCGAUCAGGAGCAGCACCGACGUGGAGCCACCAGCAGAGGCACAGGCACAGCCACAACCACAAUCCCUGUCACAGCCACAGCCCCAGGCGCACGCCCACAACGAUGCGACGAUUAGCGACAACUCGAGCGAAUCGAGUAACACGCGCAAGUCUCGCCGCCUGCAGGAGAAGGAGGAUCGUAGCACAGUGGACGACAUCAUCGAGGAUGUGGUGCGGAAUACCAACACACAAAUGGCCGCAGGAAUCAGUGCCGGAAUCGGCGCACAGACUCCUCCCCGCCGCUCCGGACGGAAUGCCCAGACGAAGAAAACGGAUCUCGUGAAUCCGCCCACCAAUGCCGUGGGUCGUCCCCGUCGCACCAAGGACAGGAAGCAAACCAUCUCGGAGCCGCUGUCGAGCCUGAUGGAGGACUCAUCGCAAUCCUCAUCAUCGCCAGCACCGCCCGCGACGCCCAUCCUGCAUGGCCCCGAGCAGCAUGCCGCACAUAUGCCGCAGCUGGACACCAAAGAAGUUGAACCCACAGCCGCCACGCCAUCCGCUGUUCCUGUUCCUGUUUCGCAUCCUGCUGCAGUGCCUGCAGUGCCAGUGGUGCCAGUGAUGCCCGUGCAUCCCACGAAGUCCACGAUACCGCAGCAUCCGAAGAAAAAGGCGAUUGCCGCAGCGGAGAUCGAAUCGUAUCAGGCCAUCAACUCGUCGAUACCCAGUGGAGGGCUGCCCAUGCACCAGACGGCAGCUCCGGCCACGCAGAAGAUCACUGGAGGGGCAGCGGAUGCCGUCAGCAAGGCCCUGGUGGAUCCCGUCACGGGAGUCAUCACCGCGGGCAUGCCGCAGGGCAAGGAGGGCAACCUUCCGGCAGCCACGGCUGCAGCUCCCACCAACAGCAGCAAUGAGGCGGCACCGCAGAUGCAGCAGCAGCAGCAGCCACACCACCAACACCAGCAACAGCCGCUGCCACAGCAGCAGAUCAAUGCCACAGUGCUGGCUCCGUCUACGGCGGCGUCCAUCACUGCGGCUAUGGGCAACAAGACCGUGCAGCUGGAUGCAGCUGCUGCAGCGGCGCUGUUGAACAAACCCGUCAGCGUGUUGGUAAAGCAGCAGCAGGGACAACCGCAGUUGGUGGCGCCACCAAAGCAACAACAACCGAUAGUGCUACAGCAGAAUCCACUGCCGACGGUGUUGCAACAUGCCCAGCUGAGCAACGUGCGGCCACCGCAGCCACUGAAGGCGCAUGUCCUGAACAGGGAAAAGAACCUCCAGCAGCAACAGCAGCAGCAGCAACUGACGCCCACGAAGGCGCAGCCAGCGGUUGCAGGACACAUGCUGAUCACAGAUGCCGCAGGCAAUCAGCUGCUCCAGCCACAGAUCAUAGCACGCCACUUGCAGCAGCAGCAGCAUCUGCUGGUGAACGUGCCGCCACCAUCGGCACAUUCGCCACAUUCUCCCAGGAUUCAGGGGCAACAGCAGCAGCAGCAGCCACAGCAACAGCAUCAGCAGCAGAUGGGAGCAGCAGCACCCAUGCCACAGCAACAACAGCAGCAGCAGACGCUGGUCAUCAAGCAGGCAACAUCUGCAGCACCACCGCAGAUCCUGCAUGUCGUAAGCUCCAAGGCAUCCGUGGUGCCGCAGCCGCAGCAGCUGCCGCCCACCUCUUCGGCGACAGGAUAUAUGCAGCGUGGCAACUCUGGCUACGUGCCGCCCACCGUGCUGGCACCUGCCACAUCCGCACAACAGCAGCAGCUGUACAAGCCACCGAACCAGCAGAAGACCGGACCACCGCAAGGAGUGCCAGUGCAGGUGCAGCUGCCGCUGCCGCCGCACGGGAUACCCAUGCUACCCAAUCACCCGGGCCUGCUGCUACAGCAGCAGAAGGCCCCGGCUCACCUGCAGCCGCAGCAGCAUCAGUUGACGCCUUCGCCGCCCUUGGCGCCUGGCAAACCGAAUCCCGUGGUGCACAGCCUGCAGGCAGGUCAGAUCCUGCCAGGGAGCGUGGGCAGUCCGCCGCCCGUCUCCGUGGCUGCAGUGCUCAAGUCGGCGCAGCAGCAGGCUAACUCUGCAGCAGCAGCAGCGGUCUUGCGCACGGCCAUUCCCAACAUCAGUCCGCAGGGACAGCCGAGGGUUUCGCCCCUGGUUCUGCCACCAGGAAUGCCGGGAGUGCCGCCCUUCGACACGAGUCUGCACGAUCUGGGUGCCUAUGUCAGUGGACGACGCACCCAGAGUCCGCCGCCGGCCCACCAACAGGCUUCGCCCAUAACACCGAACGAUUCCACGUAUCGGGGUGUGGCUGCGUCCAGGGACUUUAUGCUCUAUCAACACCAUUUGAUGCGCAGCGGCGACUACGACGACAAGAUGAUCAGCAACAGUCCGCCGUUGGAGCUACGGCGACCUGGCAGUGGACCACCGCGCACCAUUGCAGUGCCGCACAGCCUGCAGAGCCCGCAGGAUCGCACAGCAGCGGACUCCCCUCAAAUGGCGCAGGUCUAUGUGCAUAAUGCUCGCAUUCCCCAUGCCCACUUCAGCGACAUGGCCACGCGGGCGGGCUACUACGAGACCGGUGGGAUACAGCUGGAACCGCCGCCAGCCCAUCGACCGGCGGCCUCGAUCAGCGUGGUGGUGCCGCCACCGCCUGUCGGGGCGAGUGUCAGUCCAUUCCUCGGCCGGGAUGGCAGCAUGCAGCUGGAGGAUAGGGAGAGGGAGAUGGAGCGCAUGUCCAUGAUCGCAGCAGUCGUCAAUCAGCAGCAGGAGCAAAUGCCAGCAGCUGUUCUGCACGCCGGCAUGGAGCUGGCCGCCGCCCAACAGCAGGCACCGCCGCCAGCAAUGGCCCCGCCGCCGGGUGACUCGCUCGUGACACUGCUGCAACGCUAUCCCGUGAUGUGGCAGGGAUUGCUGGCCCUGAAAACGGACCAGGCUGCCGUUCAAAUGCACUUCGUGCACGGCAAUCCGAACGUGGCGCGUGCCUCACUGCCGAGUCUGGCGGAGAGCAGCACGCCGCUGCUGAGGAUUGCCCAGCGUAUGCGCUUGGAGCAGACGCAGCUGGAGGGAGUGGCCAAAAAGAUGCAGGUUGACAAGGAGCACUGCAUGUUGCUGGCCUUGCCAUGCGGCCGAGAUCAUGCCGAUGUGCUGCAGCACUCGAGGAACCUACAGACCGGAUUCAUCACUUAUCUGCAACAGAAAAUGGCCGCCGGCAUUGUCAACAUCCCCAUACCGGGAAGUGAACAGGCCGCCUACGUGGUGCACAUCUUCCCGGCCUGCGAUUUCGCCAACGAGAACCUGGAGCGUGCCGCUCCGGAUCUCAAGAAUCGUGUAGCCGAGUUGGCACACCUCCUGAUUGUCAUAGCCACUGUCUAAGGCACACACCAGAACAGCCAGGACAGGACAGUGCCAGGACAGUGGCUGCACCACCGGACUAUGACUUUGUAAAUCUCUAGGAUGCGACACUUUACCCAGACUCUGACAAAGAAAAACCACCCACAAGAACCAAGAACAGCAGCAGGCAACUACAAGAACUACAACCAACCAACAAAACAAGUUACGCUCUUCUAGUAUUUUAAGUAAUUUUAAAUAGCGAUUAAACAAGCAAAAGUUUAAAAAAGCAAAGCAAAGCAAAAAGAACUUAAACAAGCAGAAAUCACAUGCAAACUUUAUUGAAUAAAUAAAUGCACGCGACGAAACGAGACGAGACGGGACGAAAAUUAGAUGGAAUGGAACAUUGUUGCUCCCAGAAUAUGUAUUUGAUUUGAAUAUCUGACGAAGAGAAUACAGAAUGUCAUGUCCAAAAACAGAACUCAAACAAAGCGAAAAGAUCCAGCGUUCAGCAACCACUUGUACACUUUAAAAGCAAAAGCAAAAUACGAUGAAUAUAUAUUUGUCUAAAUUUAAUUAUUUAACCUUCCCCUAAUUUAAUCCUUUAAAAGAAAACAAAACAAAACAAAAUGAAAAAGAAAAGAAAAGAAAAGCUUGCAAAGUAUCGUUAAGUUUGAUCUCAAGAAAAGAAAGUUUUAUUUUUUGCUUAAUUUAAAAUGAAAGAAAAUGUAAGAAAAAACACACACAAACACAACAACAAGUAAACGUAAAGGCAACACGCAAAAAAAAACACACACACAAGCAAAUGUUAAACGAAAAAAGCUUAAAACAUAAUAACUGUUUACUGUACUAUGCAUACUACUACCCAUACCAUACCAUACCAAUACCAAUACCAUACCAUACAUAAUAUGAAUAUCCGAUGAUUCUAUGACCCCCAAAAACACCUCUCUGCCCCUAACAAGUUUGAGUUUUCGAUUGGUGAUUACUUCAAGGGUCAAACCGCCGCCUCCCCACACCCAAAUACUUUUGCACAUCUUACAAAGUUUCCGCCAGAAAAGUCCUAGAAUUUGUUGAGUUUUCCAAUUGGUUCAUUGGCUCUAUGGAAGGCCCUCCCUCCCUCUGUAGAAGAAAGGCCUGGCAUAGACCCAAGGACCCAACCAACUCGAGCGCCCAUGAACUUACCCUACCUGUCUGGUGUGGUCUGAUCUGUCGCCAACGCUGUUUGCAGCACAAUUAGGUUUAAAGAUGCGCCCAGAGGCUUUUCCUACGAUUACAUACACACACACACAUACACACGUAUACAUUACAUUAUAUUACCAUACACAUAUACAUAUACAUACAUUACGAGUAUACAUAUAGCCACGUAUAGAGCGUAUUUAAUUAUAAACGAAUAUGUGUUAAGCCAAAUAUUUUAAAGUUUAGAGAGAGAAUAGUUUUGUGUUGGAUUUCCUGCUCCGCUCUGCACCAGAGCAACUUAUAUUGCUUUCCAUCAAAACCCCCGCAACGACGGGGUUUCUGUUCUUCCAGACUCGACGUUGUGGGUCUUUUUGUGCGACCCCUUGAACAUUUUUUUUUCUGUUAGAUCUUGUUGGUUUUUGAAAUUGUCGAUACCCCAUUACAACACCACCACUGCCACAACACUAAAACACUGGACUAUCUAAAUCGAGGCGUUCCGUUCCGUUUCCCGUUUCCAGUUUCCGUUCCCCAUAUUUCAAUUUUGUUCAAUACUAAUUCGGUUUGUUCGCGCGAAACUUUGUAAGAUGAUUGUUUGGGGGAUGCGGGGGAAGCCCUCUUUAUACCCUCAAAAGCCAUCUGCUGACACAUACACAGACCUAAACACCCUCCUCUACCCUAAACAUACAUACCCACGACACCAUAUGCUAUAGAAUAAACUAUAUAGUACUACCUACCUACCCUCUCUGUACACUCCUUAAACUUAAACGUACGUUUUCACGCCCACUUGUAAAUUAUGUGACGACAACAAAAAGAUGAAACAAAACAAGAAAAAUAAUGAUAAAACGAAAAACAAAACAAAAUAAAAAAAGAUGAAACAAAAACAAGAAAAGAAAACAAAACAAUACACAACUGUAAAAUAUUUAAAUUAUUUAGAAUCUAACAGAUAUAUGAAAUGUAAAUACAGUUUAAUUAGUGUUUAGCCCGUAUUUAGUUGUAUGUUUUAAAACUAAACUAAAGAAACUGUACAUUAUAUAACACAAUUAAUGAUACGAAAGAAAAAACACGAAACGAUCGAUCAGAGGAAGAGAUCAGUUCAUACAGAAACAGAAACAGAUAAACAGAAAAAAGUAAAGUAAAAGGAAAGAAAACAUUUUCAAACAGAAACAAAAACAGAUGAAGCGCUGUUAAACAUAUGUUUAUGUAUAAGUUGUAUGCUUUAAGACACUUUUUAGUUAUUUCCUAAGUUAAUUUGAAGAAAAACGAUUAAAUUACACUUAUUUCUUACA